CCAGCCAUAUUUUUGUACCUGAUUAGCAUUGUUCCAUCAUUAUGGCUCCUUGAAAUGCAUCAUGAGAACCAGCAUUGCAACAUUCAAUCUGAAGGAAUGUCACAGAACAUAAGCAAAAAAGAAAACUUCAAUCAAACCCUGAUGACCAAUGCACAAGCCAAUGGAGUGGAUGAUAUCAUUGAGACGGCUAGAGUUUUUGUAAAUAACUUAUCCACAGUAUGUGAGACAGUUUGGACUUUGGGACUCCAUCAGACAUUCCUAUUAAUGUUAAUAAUUGGAAGAUGGCUUCUACCCAUUGGAGGCGCCAUCACUCGAGACCAGCUCUCAGAACUUCUCCUGAUGUUUGUGGGAACAGCUGCUGAUAUACUGGAAUUCACUACUGAGACUCUGAAAGAAAACAAUGUGAGGAGUAACCAUGCGUUGGUCUGUGCCAUCCUUGUUAUAUGGACUUGGAGUAUGCUGCAGUUUCCACUUGACCUGGCAGUGCAGCAUGUAGUGUGCCCCUCAUCUGUGAAAGCCAGGAGAUUUCCCAUCCUAUUCUUUUGUCUGUACAGUGCUGAUUUGUGGAACAUUGGAAUCAGCAUCUUCAUACAAGAUGGCCCUUUCCUCAUUGUGCGUCUCAUACUGAUGGCCUAUUUCAAAGUGAUCAAUCAUAUGCUGGUGUUCUUUGCUGUGAAGAAUUCCCUUGUGGUGCUGUUGCAUCUCUACCGCCUUGUGGUGCUGGCAUUGGCUGCUCGUGCUUCCUUGCAAGAUCAGUCAGAGGGCUCAAAGACAGAGCACAGGGACCGGGCUCAAGCCUCUGAGAGUGGGCUUAGGUGCUGGGAGGGCGAGUCAAAAGAGGGCCUGGCUAUUCCUUUGCAGGCCUCAACAGUAACGUCUGAGGACUCCCAUCACACACCAUAG